AAAUAGAUAUAUGAAUUGAUCAUCUGUUAUCUGUAUUCUGCAAAAGAUCAAAGACAGGAAAUAGAAAAAAUUUGCACCAGCAUUGGUUUAUUUUUUGUACAGAUUUUAUCAAGAAUAAAGUCAUAUUAUGGAUUUAUUACCAAAACUUGUAUUUUCAAGCUCUGAAGAUGAAAAUGAAGAAAGCCAGCUGAAAAGAACAGUCCACCAAGCAGUGGGAGCUUCCUUUGAUGUAAACAAAAGAAUUAAAAAGAAUGAUGAAGCUGAAGUAAAGAAUGUAGAUGGUAGUCAGUCAGUUUCAACUAACUCUUGGAAAAGGGCAUCGCUCAACCAAUCGGAUGAUUCUAUAGAUCGAAAAUUAACCUUUGUUCAAAUAGAACAACAAAAAAUUGUGUUGGCUUUAGAAAAAGGUGACAAGACAUCUUUAACUAAUGCGAAGAAUGCUUUAUCACAACUACAACAAAACCUAUCCAGUGUAAGCAAAGCUUUAUCUAAGGAAAAGAGUAUGAUCAAAGCGUUACGUGACUCUCAACUUCAAGACAACUCACAGAGUACAGAUCAAGGUGAACUUAUCAAGACAGCUAAAAGGAUAGUGUUUCAACAGAAGAUUCUUGUGAAGUAUUUGAAGUUGCAUAAAGAGCUUACUCAAAAUUUAGAUGCAGCUUGGAAGAGAUAUCCCAGUCAACUCUCAAAAGACGCACAACAAAAUUUUACUGGCACCUCUCAAAAUAACUUGACAAUAAUCAAAAAGAAUGAAAUCCCACGUCUUCAGGCAGAAUCCUCUUGUUCUGAUAAACCUGUUAAAUCUAUGUAUUCAUCUUCUGUAUUAGUUGAUAGUCAGCAAGAAACAGGACUGAUUGCGAAUUUGUCAGGAGAAGAUGAUCAAGAUAAAGCUAAGGUGUAUAAAACAGACAGCUUGGACAAGAACAAGAACGCAUCACAAUUUGUUGACUUCAAAUACUCCAUCAAAUCUAACACAACACAACAUCAGGAAGGUGUAAACAAACCUUCAGGUCUUUCAACAAAAUACAAAGAAGAUACGAAGAUUCAGUGUAAACCCAAGUUUAUUGUCGCAUUCUCUCAAAAUGAGUUUUGUUCACUCUCUGAUGUGUUACCUUCACAGAUUUGGAAUGCGAAAGAUUUUGGCGGAUUGAAUUUCAACACAGAUUUACUUAAGACACUUGAGUUUGAUUUAUGAGAGUAUCGAAUUGUGGGAAACGUUUUUUUUUUGUUUCAUUGUACUUUUUUUUUGGAAAAUAAGUACUGUUUUAAGCAUGUCUUUGAUUAUUUCCUACAUUGUGUCAACUCUUUGUUGAAAAUCACGUAUAGCAGGCGCCAGGAGAUUUCUGUUUUUCAUUACCAUAGC